AUAGUCUGCCGUGGAUCGUCGGACCGUUCAGUCUUUUGUGUCGUUCAGUAUCAACCGAUUCGUGUGAUCGACAGCAACGCUCACAAUUUUUUUUGCCUUUUUUUUCAUAUUCCUUGAAGUAAAUCAAAACACAAAUCAAAAUGGCUGAUGAUGAGAAAAAGGCAGCAGCUGCGCCGGCGCCAGCGGCUAACGGUAAAGCAGCAGCGGCACCUGCAGCGGCGGCACCUGCAGCAGCCGCUAAUGGCAAAGCCGGCAGCGGCAGCGCCCAGCGGCCAAUGGAAAAGCGCGGCCCCAGCAGCGGCACCUGCUGGCCCGCCCAAGGAUCCCAAUGAUCCCAAAGUGAAGGCCGAGGAGGCUAAGAAGGCAAAGCAGGCUGAGAUCGAGCGCAAGCGUGCUGAGGUGCGCAAGCGCAUGGAGGAAGCCUCCAAGGCUAAGAAGGCCAAGAAGGGUUUCAUGACCCCAGAAAGGAAGAAGAAACUCCGGUUGUUGCUCCGCAAGAAAGCCGCUGAGGAAUUGAAGAAAGAACAGGAACGCAAAGCGGCUGAACGUAGACGCAUCAUUGAAGAACGUUGCGGCAGCCCCAGAAAUCUCAGCGAUGCCAGCGAAGAUACACUACAAAAAGUUUGUCAGGAUUAUUACAAUAAGAUACUCAAAUUGGAAUCUGAGAAAUAUGAUGUCGAGCACGAGGUAGCCAGAAAGGAAUUUGAGAUCAACGAUCUCAAUGCCCAAGUUAACGAUCUUCGUGGCAAGUUCGUUAAGCCAGCUCUGAAGAAGGUCUCCAAAUACGAAAACAAAUUCGCCAAGCUGCAGAAGAAGGCCGCUGAAUUCAACUUCCGCAACCAAUUGAAGGUCGUCAAGAAGAAGGAAUUCACAUUGGAGGAGGAAGAGAAGGAGAAGAAACCCGACUGGUCCAAGGGCAAACCCGGCGAUGCCAAGGUAAAGGAGGAGGUUGAGGCCGAAGCUUAAGUGUCCACGCCCACGUAGUGUCCACUGUACCCGUGACUCCCGCCCUAAACAAUAAUAAUUCAGAAUUCAAAUGCGCAAUAAAUAUAUAUAAUUAUAUAUCUGAA